CGGGAACGGUGGAAUGGAUACUGCUGCAGCCAAUGAUAGCCAAUCGAUGAUGGACUGGUUUGUGGCCGUGAGAAGUCCCCAUGAUAUCUUGGAGAAACAUGGUUCAUUUCUGGCCUGUGAGCUGGUUUUCUUCACCAUGGCAGGAUUGACAUUAAUUCAUGCAUUACGUCAUGGUGGUCGACUGAAGUACCUGUGGCUGUCGACCAUUCUUCAUGGGCUAACGGUAGAAAGUGUCAGUUACUUUGUACCAGACAUUGAUAACUUCUGGCAUGCUCAGUCUAUGAUGAUGUUCCUGGGGAGAAGACUGCCACUUCAUAUUAUCCUCUUCUACCCAGCCUUUCUGUAUACAGCUUCAGUAUCUGUGUCCAAACUGAGACUAAGGUGGUGGGCAGAACCAUUUGCAGUGGGCCUGGCUGUGGUACUACUGGAUGUUCCAUUUGACAUCAUGGGGAUAAAGCUGUUGUGGUGGACCUGGCAUGAUACAGACCCAAACAUCUAUGACCGGCACUACUGGGUACCCUGGACUAGCUACUACUUCCAUGCUACCUUUGCUGCUGGCUUUACUAUAGUGUUCCAUGGCUCACAUUUCCUGUUCACAAAAGCAGGAAGAUUUCAGUCAGCUGGGUGUGUAAAAGAGCUAGUGUGUAGUGUGCUGACAGGAGUGCUCUCCAUGCCUAUGGGUGUGCUUGAGUUCUUGCCCCUGUACCACCCUCUCCAUGACACCUACCACAUCCACUCGGAGGUCUGCGUACUCCUCAUUUUGUUCAUGUAUGCAGCUGUUGUCUGGGCCGCUGACAGGAAUCCUGCUGAUCUAGCCAGAAGCAGUAAAGGCUGGUUUAACCUGGAUGAGCUCAGUCUCAUAAUCAUUAUACAUUACACAUUCUAUGUAUUGCUGGUGGUGUUCGCAAAGCCGGAGAGAGUUAUGUCCCUUGGAGUACAUGAGCCUGUAGGACCCUGUUCAGAAACUACUCCAGUCUACACAGCAUUUGGUCAUGUUCUUUCCAAGAAGAAAUAUUUGUGCCUAGACGGUUAUGAUGAGGGUUACUUCGACUUCAACUGCGUAAAAGACAAGCCUCAUGCUGGUAUGAACUGGUAUACAGUGUGUGGGAACCCUUAUCCUAACCAUGUUGAAUACAUCUGUGUGGUGACAGCAUUUUGCAUUGGAGGCUUCUUCUUUUACUGGCAAGCUCUGUCAAGGUCCAGUACACUCCCCCAGACAAACGCUGUUAAAAAAUUCAAGGCAGACUAGCACAUUAUUGUCUUCCUGUCUGUUCUACCCGUCUUGAUUUCUACCCAACUGAUUUUAAUACACAUAAUUAUGUCUUGAUUAUUUAUAAUGUAUGCUGGAGUCAGUUUGCUAUAAACAAUAGUGCUGGUUUAUUAAAACACCAUGAUGUUGACACCCAAUAUGUAGCCACAGCGAAUGUGUACGGACACCAUGCUCACCAGUACUUGGUUGCAGUAUACUGUCGUGCAAUGUUGAGAAAGAAAAGGCCACGAUUGCCAAUUUUUAUACCCUUAAUCAAGAUGCAACUUGUAAAGAUGCUCAUCUACAUAUACGUUGGUUUCAUUGUGUGAUAAAUGUAUGAUAUCAGUAUUACCUGUAUUUGUCAUUCAGUUAUACAUUGUAUUUCUUUAUGCAUUUGAUUUACAAUCUUACCAUAUUAAUGCUGUGAUAAUUAAUGGAUUUUAACAUGAAUCUUUUAUAGUAUUAAUGCAUAUUUUGUAAUGCAUGAAAAAAGACUUUUUUGUUUAUAUGUACAGAAAAUGGCAGACAUUAUUUACAGAUACUGUAAUUCAGUUAUACCCGAUUUAAACAAAAUACAAAAAAUCACAAUGAGAAUGCAAAGCACGUUCAGUAUGCCAGGGUUACAUCAAAACGAACAAAAUUGUUAGAAGACUACUUCUAC